ACCUAAGAAAGACGAAGUUAGAGAGCGCCGGCGUUUCUAAAACUGCGAGAAGUCGGAGACCCCUAAGAGAAGGACGAUGAGGUUUCUAGGGCUUCCGAUUUAGCCCUGACAUUGGUCUCGAGCUUUCCGGAGCCAUCGAAUCAUUGUGGGGAUUCUAGGGCUUGACGAUUUUGAAAAGCCAUUGACAUGGAAUUAGGGAUUGUGUGGUUGGUGAGAGCCGCUUGGAUCGCAGCCAUACUUCCCAUGGUGAUCGCUUCGAUACCCAUUUCCAAGCUUAGAUCUUUUCAUGAACUCGUUAUGGGUUUCGCAAGGAGAGGCAAGAUUCUUCAGCCAUCGUCAUCACAGAAGUGGACAGUUCCUCAGAGAUUCUUUGCUCACUUCUAUGUCAUCGGAGUGGCCUGGACGACUCUUCUGCUCGCUACCACUUGGAUGUAUGCUAUCAAAAUCGCUCCUUUGUCACCUGAGAAGCUCCAGUCUUCCGAAAUCGCAAGCCACUUAACCAGAGGUUCCAAAGUUUUCUCCUUUCAUGAAUCACAUUUGAGUUCUUAUCGGUUCAAAGUGUGGCGAGCAGUGUUUCUACUUGUUUUGAUGGAGAUCCAAGUUUUAAGACGCCUUGUAGAGUCAAUCUAUGUAUUCAAGUAUAGCCCUUUUGCUCGGCUACACAUUCUUGGUUAUCUCGCUGGAUUGUUUUUCUAUACAGCAGCGCCUUUAUCACUCUGCUCUAGUAUCGCUCCAGAGAUAGCAAGAUUCGCCGGAAACCAAGUAGCAGAGUUCAUUGCAGGAGAAAGCCAUACCUCAGCCAUUGAUGAGUUUGAUUUGUUAUUGUCUAUCAUCCCUCUGAUGAAGCUUGGAUCGUGCCAGAUGAUUGGUGGGGUCGUUUUUCUCUGGGGAUGGUCACAUCAAUGUCGUUGUCACGCAAUUCUCGGAUCGCUCCGGGAAAGUCCUAGCCAAGAGAGGGAGUACAUGAUCCCGCAUGGAGAUUGGUUUGAGAUGGUCUCAAGUCCACAUUACUUGGCGGAAAUCGUUUUGUACGCGGGCUUGUUGGUUGCGAGCGGAGGAACAUGUGUAACGAUUUGGUUACUCUUUGGUUUCGUGGUUUGGAAUCUGACAUUGGCGGCUGGAGAAACGCACCGGUGGUAUCUAAGGAAGUUUGAGGAUUAUCCGGCUAACCGGCAUGCCAUUUUCCCUUUUGUGUACUAAAUGGUUAAGAGAGAUGAGAAUCUUGGAGCUUCCUGGAUGACCUCUUGCAAUGAGAUCUAGAGAGCUUCUCAAGUGGCUUAUACAACAUUUUUGCCAAGAAAAUAUGUUGAACAUGGCAAUUAACUCAACAGAGACAUUCUCUGCCUCAUCAUUCUCCUCUGAAAAUCUCUUUCCCAUGCUCAUCUUCCCGAGGGUUCUGUUAGCGAGAGGAGACAUUAAUUUCGUAGGCCUUGAAGAUCUCGUAGGCUACUGAGGCAAGACAAGACGAGAAUGAUGUGGACACUGAAGAUGAUGUCCAUGCGGAUACGAAGGAAAGGUCCUUACUUGGAUGACUUGUGGACUGAAGCAGAGAGGAGAAUGUGGAUUACUGACCGAUGAUCGGAAAAGAAGGAGGGCAACAAAGUCAGUAUAUGGUUUCUUGAAGAAGAAGACAGAGAAAGAGGGUUGAGAGUUGAGACGAGGCAGUGGAGGAUUCAAAUGAAACAAUUUUGGAAGUCAAGGCUGACCAUUGCUGCCAUUUUGCUCAAAAGAGAAGAAGAGGGAGAUGAAACAGAGGACUCCAUUUAUCUUUAAAUCGAAGUAUACGUUAUGUAUCAGCAUUUUCCUUGUUAUAUUCGUGAUCGCAUUGAUGAUUCUAUUGAACAAUGCCAAGGUGACAAAUGUAAGAUUGAGAUGAAACAGAGUAUUCUUCGAAUAUUAUGUUUCC